ACAAAAAUGAAAUUCACACCAAACUGAAGCCAUUUCUCAGUAAUGACUGCCAACUAUGCAUCUGUGAUACAAACAAUGAUAUUAUAUGUCAUCCACUGAGGUGUGCACCAGUACCUGAAAUUAUUAGAAUGAAACCAACUCCGAUAUGUCCCAAUCCUCAAAAACAGAAAAAUAAAUGCUGUGAGACAAUUUACUGCCAAAAUCCUUUAUCAACUAAUUCGAAUGCCGUAUCAAAUCUCGCUGCCUAUGUAAAAAACCCACGUUCUUUGAUCAUUAGCUUUACGCCGCCGUUUUCCGGCCAACUCCGUAAACAGCUCAUUGGUUAUGAAAUACAACACGCAACACAAACCCAGAACGGAACAACAACGAUUGUGUGGUCGACCGAAUUUUUCAAUGCGUCUUCAACGAAACAGCAAGCAAUAUCAUCAUCCAUUGACCGUCUCUUUGAGAAGCAGACGAUAAAAUAUACUGACGUUUUAGGGCAACAUUUCUCCUCGAAAAAGCAACAGCUUUCGCUAAAUAUAUCCACACCAGAAGACGUGUUCGUUCAAGUAAACUACUUACAACCGGGAACAAAAUAUUACAUCCGCAUACGCGUGCGCAUUGACGUGGAAAAAACUCAGAAUUACCGGCAUAGAUUUUUUGAAGAAAAUGUUGAAAGCCGAAAUAUAAAUAGCAGACGCAAUAACGCAAUGCCUGUUGAAGAAUUAAUCUCAGCAGACAAAAAGGAACAAGUGAAGCGGGUGCUGACACCAUUCUCGCAGAUUAUUUCUGUCAGUACUCCUGCGAAAGGAUUGGGUUGCUACACGGACACUCAAUGGUUAUCUGAGGGUGAGACGUUUAAUCGAUCAUGCAGUGAGACGUGCACGUGUAAAAAUGGAGACGUUGUGUGCAAAUAUAUCUGCCCACCACUAAAGAUUGUAUAUCCAACGGACACUUGUCCGAAUCCGCGAAUUGAAACUGUUGCCGGUGUCUGCUGUCCGCAACGGAAGUGCAAUCACACAAAAGCUAACUGCAAACACCAAAACGUCACUUUAAAACAUGGCGACACAAUUCGUGAUGGAUGCAACGAAGUCUGUUCCUGUCAUGACGGUAUGUUGGUAUGUCGGAAAUUAUGUCACACGAAUGCACCGUCAAUUGUAAACGGCUGUGUGCAGAUAUAUAUGCCAACGCAUUGCUGCCCGGUAUGGAUAUGUGAACAGGAGAAGCGGCCCUACACAUCGGCAUUACUAAGCAGCGUCUUGCGUCUCAAAGGAGGAUGCUCACCUUCGGAUAAAACUAUUACCAACGCUGUUCGGAAAAGUGUACUAGAUCGGACCGUAAAUGAUCAUAGCAUCGAGCUUGUUGCGCCUAUUGCCUUCAAAGUACAGGUAACGUGUAAUGGCGGCAAUACGUCAGAUGGAAACCAACAGAAGGAUGGACAGUUCGAUCUGAUGAUGCAUCUCCAAUGGAAGAUUAAUCUCAAGAAUACAGUUGAAAGGGUAAACGGUACAGCAGAACUAUGGAAGACGGUUAAUCGUACAGUCGUUGCUUUAACAAAUACUCAAUUCCGAAUUAUGGUUGGACAAUCCAGUUAUGGACCUGCCGUAUCUGAAGGCAACCCUGAAUUGACAUAUUUGUGUGAUGUAGGAUUCCUGAAGACCGAGUCAGGCUGUGUAAAAUACGAAAAUGUUGACGACACAAUCUCGAACAACAUCGAUCUCCACUUUGUAGUUUCCAUAUUGCGCAGAACAUCUUGUCUUCUAGAAUGGCAUCAAUUGACUACCCGUUCACAGAAUUCGACCAGAGCAUUGUAUGUCGUUCACAGGGAACGGGCCACCAACCCUGCCAACUGGACCUGGAGCGAAGCCCUUAACUCUACGACCGUGCAUUACAAACUAGAGUCUCUACUGCCCGGUAAGCGAUAUGAAGCGGGAUUAAUGUGGCUACCGAACAUACACAGUACAAAACGCUUUCUGUUGACUUCACUUCAUUUCAAGACAAAAUUAAAAAGAGUGACUCCCGACAAUCAUACAGCAAUGAAAAUUGCCACACCAUUGUGUGUUGUUAUUAUAUUGAUUAUUGCUGGUGUAUCGAUAUAUCUUAUGUGGAAACGACAUCACAAAAUGAGAAAGAAGACAGAAACGACAUACUAUGAGAACAAAGGAUUCUGGAUUGGAAUGAUGGAAGGGCAAAGAAACUCUAUGACAUCAUAAUCACGUGAUAAACUUGCUGACGCUGUUAGACCUUAUGCAUACAUUCAUAUACAUACAUAGAUAUAUGUAAAUAUAAUAUAUAAAAAUAUAA